AUGGCUAUGGAUGUGUCCACUACCGAUAGUGACUCUGCUUCUGUGUCUGCUGUGUUAGAUUCAAUGUCUCCGGCUCCGGCUGACGGGACAACUAUCGAAAAUCUGGUAGUAACGAAUGUUUCACAAGAGACAGUGUCCGAACCCGUGCAGCAGUCGGCGCGUGAUUUAGUGUCGGAACCUGUUUCGCUGUCAGUGACAGUACCGGAACAGUCCGGUUCUUUGAUUGCCCCUGUUACUGUGCCUGCCGGUUCUCCUAAUUCCGCUGCUGCUGUGGAAUCACAGGCAUUUUUUGUAGCACCGAAACCGAGACGGGACGAACGUUCGUCUCGUAGUUCAAGUCGGCAACGUGCGCGUAGUGUUGGUCGGUCGCCUCCCUCUGAUAGGGGUCUUCCGCGACCCGAUCGCAGUCCGUCUCCGGUUGGGCGUUCCCCCGACGCCUCCCGACCGACACGACCCGGUCGGCAGGCUUCCCAACAGCGUGCUUCCCGACGGGACCUUGCCGACGAGCGGCGUUCGUCUCAGGCUCCUGGCUCUGGGCGUCAGCCUGUGGACCAACAGCAACAACGGCGCGCCUCUCCUCGCCGUCAGCUGCCUGCCGAAAUCAAUGUUGCUGAUCAAAAACGUGACGUCGCUGUUCGGCACUUAAGGACUGUCUUAAGCCAGCCGGGCGCAGGCGACGACUCCGGGCAAUCGACCGACACUGUUUCGGCUGUGUUGACACAGCAAUUGCCGACGAAACGUAAGGCGGAAGACACACACCAGCGUCGCGUUUGUCCUUCUGCUACUGAACGUGUGCCGGCUUCUUCUGCUGAUGUCGAGAUGUCUGUCGUUGGUCCCAUGUCGGUGGACUCUAGUGGAACGGAUUCUGGGACCGCGCCACCCCCACACCCCCCUCCCGCCGCCCCCCAGGACUGGGUGGCGGACGUGGAGGCCAGUGACGCGACUUAG